UAUCUUCUGAGGGUUCUUGAUUUGCUCUCUUCCACAGCUAAAACCCUGCAAGCUCUUCAAUCUACAAGCAGAAAUCAACAAACUUAUUCAAGAAUACUGGACCCCAGAAGCUCAUAUCUUCUAAGUUGUAAGUAUUUUUAUUUGCUUUACAAUAUACAUACAGUGUAUAAUAAUUUUUUUGCUUAAAAUGUACUGUAAUCUUCCAAAGGUCCAAGCUUUACCUUCAGCAAGAUGUUAUAAUGCAAUACCCACCUCAAAGAUUCAAUCUUUAAUUAAUGGGUCUCAAUCUAAGGUCCCAAAAAUGAUAUACCCUUUUGGAAUGAAGUGUAAAGAUGCUUUCUUGAAUGUUUUCCAAGAAAAUGUGCGUUUGAUUAGGUGCCCGAUUGGGUGUGUUGGGUCAUUUGUUGGGGUUCGGGGUUUCUCAAGUUCUUAUACGAGGGGAAUUGGUGGAGGUGCUGGUGGGAAUGGAGGUGGGAAUGGGAAGGUGCUGCCUUGGUUGGCUAAAGGGAGGUUUAGUGAUGGGAAGAGAGUGGGGAAGUCGGUGGUGGCUCCGAAGACGAGUAGGUCGUCUUGGGAGGAAUCAGCGGAGACAUUCUUGAAGGGUGGUGCGGGAGUUGUUGAGAAUGGGGAUGUCAGGGGGGUUGAAACUCGACGGGGUGACUUUAGGAAGAAGGUUGGUGGUGCAGCGGUUGUUGAGAAUCAGGAAGGUAGGCGGUAUGAAAAUCGACGUAGUGAUUUUAGGGAAAAGGUUGGUAGUGCAGCAAGUGUCGAGAAUAGGGAAAGUAGGGGGUAUGAAAGCCGACGUGGUGAUUUUAGGAAAAGGGUUGGUAGUGAUGAAGAGGGAGAAGGUGGGGAUGAAGAGGAGGGUAAAGAUCCGAGAUGGGAUAAUAUUAAGAAUAGGUUUGGGAGGAUUGUUGAUGUAAAACCGAGGUCGGAGAGAUCAGAGUUUAGGAGGUGGGAUCAACAGGAGAUGUGGGGGAAGAAGACUUGGAAAGAAGCUGCUGAAUCUACAUUACCGAAAAUGACAGGGGAAGGGGUCUACGGGGUUGGUCCUGUUUUGGCUGCUUUGUCGGCUGGGAGGAGAGAGUUCUACACUUUAUAUACUCAGGAGGGACUGGAUUUGAGUACUAAUAACAAGAAAAAGAAGGACAAGAAAGGCUUUGAGAAAGUUUUGAGGAUAGCUGAGAAACUUGGUUUAAGCAAAAAGGAGAUAUCGAAACAUGAUCUCAACAUGAUAUCUGAUAACCGUCCCCAUCAAGGCCUGGUGCUUGAUGCUUCUCCGUUGGAGAUGGUAAGUAUUAAAGAACUGGAUCCUAUGCCAGCUGAUGAAGGAAACGGUCUUCUAUGGUUAGCUUUAGAUGAGGUGACGGAUCCUCAAAAUUUAGGUGCAAUUAUCAGGUCAGCAUACUUCUUCGGUGCUGCUGGGGUGGUUUUGUGUGCAAAGAAUUCUGCUCCACUGAGCGGUGUUGUAAGCAAAGCAAGUGCUGGCUCACUUGAGUUGAUGGAACUUAGAUGUUGUAAGAACAUGAUGCAGUUCUUGGUUUCAUCUGCUGAAAAUGGCUGGAGGGUUCUUGGAGGUUCGGUUGCCCCAAAAUCUGCUCCCCUUAAUGAAGUUGCUUCUGGUUUACCCACAAUUCUUGUAUUAGGCAGUGAAGGCACUGGUUUAAGGCCAUUGGUAGAGAGAUCAUGCACUCAGUUGAUUAAAAUACCUGGAAACAUUCCCGUAGAUGUAAGUGCAGCAGUUGAAGAUGAUGAGACUUUGGAAACCAAUCCUAAAUGCUCGGCUGAAGAGUUUCGAUCUUUUCUUGCCGUAGAGAGCUUGAAUGUCAGUGUUGCAGCAGGAGUGCUUCUUCAUCACUUAAUAGGAAGCAACAGUGUUAGUCAGAUACAAGAAGCGGAAAAUUAGUGCAAUUGCCUUGAAUUUAUCUCAUAGGGCAGUGAAUAUUAGCUUUAGCAUUUCAGAUACUUAGCUUGGUGUUUCCAGUUAAACAUGUAGUAGCAGACUGCUAGUCGAUAUCUAACAGUCAAGAUGCAACGGUGAGCUCAGCUUACCCAUACCCCCCCAUAUAUCUGCCACAUGUCAGGUAUGAUCAACCAACUAUAUUAUUAUACAGGAUAUGGUGAAGAUUUAUGUUCGGAAAGAAGUAGAUUGUCCGGAACAAGCAAUACUUAAGAAAGUUCAAGUGAGUUGAAAAUUUUCAUAGAUAUAGAAAUUUGAAACCCUCAGGGCACUAGUCAAUGCAAAGGUGAUCAAGUGCCAUUGCUUGACUUAGAAUUCAUUGCACUUGUGACAAUUUUAUCUUUCAUUGUAGCUUUAUAUUUAUUGUUUCAGCAAGGAAACUUACUAGUCACUACCCAAAUUUUAUAUCUGGGAAUUAUACUCUUUUGUUUUCAUUGUUGUGAUAAUUUCUUCUCUGG